GACUCGAGAAGAUGAAGUCGUUCACGGUGAUUGCAGUAGCUGCGGUGGCAUUGCUGGCUGCUCUGGGCCAGGCCAAGCACCUGGACUCCAAGGUGGCGGACAAGGACUUCCUGACCAAGCAGAGCUUCAUGUUCCAGAUCCUGCAGCACAUCUACCAGGACGAUGUGUUCACAACCCACUUCCCGGCCACCUACAUGGAGUACAAGCCGUGGGAACAUGUCGCCGACUACGUGCACCCGGAGAUGCUGGAGCACUUCUUCGAGCUGUGGCAGCACCAGCCCUUCACCGAUGACAUGGUGUGGUCGGUGAUGUACGAGAAGCACGAGGAGUACGUGGUGGGUCUGGUGCGCCUCUUCUACUUCGCCAAGAACUGGGAGACCUUCCAGCACGCCGUAUUCUGGGCCCGUCAGCACGUGAACAAGCAGCUGUUCGUCUACGCCAUAACCAUUGCCAGUCUGUUCCGCGACGAUAUGCAGGGAGUGAUCCUGCCGGCCCACUACGAGAUCCACCCAUGGAGCUUCUUCGACAGCCAGGCUCUGGAAUGGGCCGAGCACUACAAGAUGCACGGCUUCCACCAUGUCAAGCAGAUGGACAACAUCUACAACGUGGUCAUCCGCACCAACUACUCCAAUGUGCACGGCGCCCUGAACUACGACCACGAUUUGGCCUACUACCUGGAGGAUGUGGGCUUCAAUGCCUUCUACUACUACUUCAACCUGGACUAUCCCUUCUGGACCAAGGGCGGCGAGGAGCAUGUCCUGAACAAGGAUCGGCGCGGUGAGCUCUACCUGUUUGUCCACUGGCAACUGCUGGCCCGCUGGUACCUGGAGCGUCUGUCCCACGAUCUCGGCGAGGUGCCCGCCUUCAACAUGUACGUGCCGAGCGAAUCCGGCUAUGCCAGCAACCUGCGCUCCUACUACGGCGUGCCCCAGUGGCACCGGGACAACCACCACAGCUUCUACCACGAGCACAACUACGAGCACAUCGAGCACGUGGAGAUGUACACGCAGCGCGUGAUGGACUGGAUCCACAAGAACGAGAAGUUCGAUGUUGAGAGCAUCAACGUGCUGGGCAACAUCAUCCAGGGCAAUGCGGACAGCGUGGACAAGAAGUUCUACGGCAGUCUGGACAAGCUGUACCGCUUCAUCGUGAACGAGGGUAACCACUACGGCAAUGGAGACGAGAGCUUCCCCGGCCUGUUCAUGCACUACGACACCUCCAUGCGCGAUCCCAUCUUCUACGAGGUGUACAAGACCAUUGUGAACCACUACUGGCAUCUGAUGGCGACCUAUCCGGAGUACCAGAAGAAGGACUACGCCUUCGAGGGUGUCCACAUCGAUGCCGUUCACAUGCCCGAGAGCCUGACCACCUACUUCGAGCACUUCGACUCGGACAUCAGCAACGCCGUGAAUGUGGAGCCCGCCGUGGAGGGAGCUACCGAUCCGCUGUACAUCUUCGGCAGGAACUCCCACUACAAGGGAUCCAGCUAUGUGAUCAAGGCGCGCCAGCAGCGCCUCAACCACAAGCCCUUCGAGUUCACCCUGGACGUGACCUCCGACAAGGCGCAGGAUGCCGUGGUGAAGGUCUUCAUUGGGCCCAAGUACGAUGAGCACGGACACGUGAUCCCACUGGAGCACAACUACCAGAACUUCUUCGAGCUGGAGCACUACAAGGUGCAUCUGGAGGCGGGCGUUAACCACAUCAAGCGUGCCAGCGGUGACUUCACCAUCUGGGUGAACGAUCGCACCACCUACCUGGAACUCUACAAGAAGCUGCUGGACGCCACCAACAGCGAUUACAAGUUCAAGCUGGACCAGUCGGAGUCCCACUGCGGCGUGCCCAACAGGAUGAUGCUGCCCCGCGGCAAGAAGGGCGGCCAGGUGUUCCAGUUCUUCUACAUGGUCUACCCGUACCACCAGCCCCAGGUUGCCCAGUUCUCCGGCUACGAUCCGGUGGUCAGCUGCGGUGUGGGACACGGAUCCCGCUACGUGGACGCCCUGCCCUUCGGCUUCCCCUUCAACCGACCGGUGAAGCACGACUACUACUUCGAUGUCAACAACUUCAAGUUCUUCGACGUGAAGAUCUUCCAUCGUGACGAGCACACCAACGUAGUCUAGAUCCUCGAGCUGGACCUGGACCCAACGCAUACGAAUACGAAUCCCAAACGAGCACCAUCACUACCAACGAACUAACUAUGUAUAUCGGAUAGAUUACGUGUUUUCCUUGUUAUAUCUUUGUUUGCAUCCACUUACCCCAUAGAAAUCGUAAUUUAACUCAGUUUUUCCAGCUUCUCAGUCCACCUUGCGACCAUCAAACAAUAAACGUAUUCAACACUAGUA